AGCAUCGUCACCGCGCGGACCAGCGCGCCCCGCCUGCCUUCGGGAGGAGCCGCAACCUCCAGCCUGUGCCGCCCUGUCCUGUGUGAGGAGAGCUCAGAAGCAGCUCUGAGUGGAGUUGUGUUCUUUUCCAGGUAACCGUUUCCCUUCUCCUUGGCUGUGGCAUCGCUGUGUUGGCCAUCUGGGUGCGGAAGGCUCGGGCAACGCUGCUGGUCUUUCCCGGUUGAUAGUCAGAGCCCCCCCAGCAACAUGCCGGAGCAGAGCAACGAUUACCGUGUGGCUGUGUUCGGGGCAGGUGGUGUUGGUAAGAGCUCCCUGGUCCUGAGGUUUGUGAAGGGCACGUUCCGGGAGAGUUAUAUCCCCACUGUGGAAGACACCUAUCGGCAGGUGAUCAGCUGUGACAAGAGCAUCUGCACGCUGCAGAUCACAGACACCACAGGCAGCCACCAGUUCCCUGCCAUGCAGCGGCUGUCCAUCUCCAAAGGACAUGCCUUCAUCCUGGUGUACUCCAUCACCAGCCGACAGUCCUUGGAGGAGCUCAAACCCAUCUAUGAACAGAUCUGUGAGAUCAAAGGGGAUGUGGAGAGCAUUCCCAUCAUGCUGGUGGGGAACAAAUGUGAUGAGAGCCCCAACCGAGAAGUGGAGAGCAACGAAGCUGAGGCCCUGGCCCGCAAGUGGAAGUGCGCCUUCAUGGAGACCUCGGCCAAGCUCAACCACAACGUGAAAGAGCUCUUCCAGGAGCUGCUCAACUUGGAGAAGCGCAGGACCGUGAGCCUACAGAUUGAUGGGAAGAAGAGCAAGCAGCAGAAGAGGAAAGAGAAGCUCAAGGGCAAAUGUGUUAUCAUGUGAAUGCCCUUCCCAUGGAAGAGCAGCUCUGUGUCCCGUCACCCCAUCUCCCCUGUCCCCCCCCCAUGUAAAACCCACAGUUGUCAGGGUAGCAUGUAAGAUGCCCAUAUGAUAGAUGUUGCAUUUUGACCAAGAUGUGCCCUGUUGUAUUUAAGUGGGCAUCCCACAUACCACCAAUUAAGCACGCCUCUCUAGAAUCAGGGAAUCUGGCAGACAGUGAAAUUGCAAAGUGUGCUCAGCCUCUUAGGGGACUAGAGGUGCCAGCUCUUUUCCUGAAGGCACCUUUGCAUCAGGAGGCAGCAGAGCUAGAAUCCACACAAGCUCAUGUGCUCAGAGAAAUAUCCUACAUCUUUGUGCAUGUGAGAGCAUGUGAAUGUGAGGUUGCAGGCAUUGCCUUCAGAUUAGAGUUUCCCUCUGCUUAGAAGCCAAGGACAUCAUUGGAGAAGGGGACAGGAGAGAGGAGGAGAGGAAGAAUCCAAUCCACAGUUAAUUCCUUUUCCUUAUUCUUUCAUUGAAAAAAAAUUAAAAUCAUACAGCCUCCCAAAGCAGAUGUCCACUGUCAAAUCCUGACUGACCUUGAGGGAUAUACUUGCUACCCUGAAGCAUAGACUCACCUCUCUAGAUCUAACUUAACAGCUGUCUAUUUUAACCUUUAGAGUAUUUAUUUUUCAGAUCCAGUGCUGAGUUCACAAAGAGUCUGCUGCUCUCUCAGAAACCCUUCAGUGUUUGAGUGAGGAUGCUGUGACAUUCGCAAAACACCACAACACUCCCCACUCCACCCCGGGUGUUACACUUCCUGGGUUUUAGAAAUGUGAAGUUUCUUUCCUUAACCCAUAAUGGGGUAUAGCUUCUUCCAGUCCUCGGAUUUUAAAUAAAAGCAAUUAAAGUAGCUAUUUUUAGACAUUUCUUCUUUGUUUCUUCUUCUUCCUCCAAGGUGGUUUUCCUCUUUUAAAUAACUUGGUCUGUAUCCACCUGGGAACAGCCAACAAAGGCCAUCGAAGAACAGAAGCACAUCCGUUUUCUAAAUAACACAAACAUGUAUAUGCCAUACUUUGCACCUUAAGGAAAUACUUUGAAAUAGAAGUCCUUCACUGUGUUUUUUGACAAUCUUAUCUAUAACAAAAAAUAUAUUCCUGGAAAAAUGCAUUCAAGUAACAGAUUAUCUUGCAUGUUUCAUUGUACAUGUCUUCAAAGAGCUGUUCAAUGCAGUAUUCACUCUGGAAACAAUAACCUUUUCCUCUCAGUGAUCCUGUGUGUGUCCCUAAUCCUUCAAAUUGUGGUCACUGCUGGCUCCUGCAUGCUGAGUGCAGAAGCUGGGGACAGUGGCCAGAGACAGGCACUCAGGCUGCUCUGUUGCAGGCAGAGCUGAGCCUCCUCAGUGUAAUUGCUCUGCCAUCAUCCAGUCUGGUUUGGCUCUGCUUUCUGAAAAUUCCCCUGGCAAAGCCUGUGAGUUCUGUUUGUUCCAGUCGGCAUAAUGCACACUGCCCCCCCCCCCUCCACUGCAGAAUCAGAAUCAUCUUGUCCCAUUGGGAGCAUGGCAAGUUCUGGACAUUUGCAGGCACCCUCUUGGCAUCUCAUCCCUCCUGCAUUUGCUGUGUCUUUCCUGCUCUCCCAGCAGGGCUGCUUCUGCAAUAAUGGAAUCAUCCUCCCUGCUUAUCCUUUAGUCCUUUCAGGCUCACUGUCUUUCUUUGGUCACUUCUGUUUGCCCUGAUGAUAACUCACCCUUGUGUGGGAUUGUGUGGGAAGUGUCCUGAGAACCAUCCUGCCCCAUGGUCUUGGCCUCUGAGAAUAAAACCUGAGCCCGGAGGAUGUAGAGGUGCCUAGGCACUGGAACGCCUUGCCAGAGCCCUGCUAUUCCAGUUCUCCUGGAUGCCCACACCCUUUCCCACUCAAAGGUUCAUCUGUUUCACCUGGUUGCUUGCUCCACAGCCCUCAUAGUGAGAUCUGGUUGGCGAACAUUCUAGAACAUUUUUAUUUCAACUUUUCACUAUAUAUAUAUAUAUAUAUAUUCUUUAUUUCUCUUUCUACUCUUAAGAGAGAGGUAGCAGUUUGUAAUUUGGACUUGAGGUAGAUGAGAGAAGAUACAAGACUUAAUGCCAAGGAGUGUUUAGAGAUCUUGGUGGGCUCUUAACUUACAGUAAGACAUGAUCUCUGUCUUGAGCUGUCAAAUCUUAGGGCUCCCAUAGGGAAAACUCCUGUUAUCACUAUUCCUUCUAGACUCACAUAAAUUAGAAUUUAUUUUAGCCCUUUAAAGUGAAUGUCUCUUCUUAAGCAUUUAGAACCUCAUAAUACGAGAAGCUUGAGAUUACCAAAAGUUGAAUCUCAUUUGGGAUAUCUAUGUUGUCCUCAUGAAUUUCUAGCUUUUGGUUGAAGCCUCAAACAUUGUUCUGAGAUCACAUCCCAUGAACGGAACAGAGGGUGUGGGUCAUUGUCUCCAAAUAAUCUUUAGGAGCUCCACCGUUGACUCAGGGCUUGAGGAGUUAAUUCCACUGAAUCCAGUGUUUUUAGCAUUUACAUGGUCCCACCCCAACUGCAUGGUUCUUGAAGGCACAUCCUGUGUUGCACAGGGGCAGAGAAUUUUUUUGCCUAGUCACAGUAAGUCACACAACUCAAAAAUAUUGCUUUGAAAAUGGCACUCUGGGAAAAAAAAAAUCAUGGGGCUCUGUGAGUUCCCUUCUGUCCCCUGCUAGUCCCUCCUCCAUCUGGUGACAAGCCAUGGGCGUGCCCUGAGCAUGCAUGCAAUACAGCAAGACCAACAUAAGAGCAAUAUUGAAAUGUUCAUUAGAUCUAAAAUUAUAUAUAGUAUAUAUAUAAUUUCCUGCAUUUUUGAAUUAUAAAGUAGUAAAUUGUACAUAUCUGUAAGCUAGUAUAUUUGUUUCACUGUUUGUAAUACUGAAGAAAUGCUCAUUCUUUGUAAGACAAGAAAAAUGUAUUAAAUUAUUUAAAAAUUGCUCUGUGAUACUUAAUUCUUUUCUUCAAAAUUUGUAAUGUAUUGCUCCUACAUAAGCUCUCUGGAAAUAACCAUAACAAAUGGGACAUAUGUUAACCUUCAAAGAUCAGUAGCCCACAGUCUGUGGAUAAUUACAGAGCAUGACUUUUAUACGUGUGGGAUAUCAACGUGUAUAUUUAUACUUAAGGUGUACCUAUUGUUACAAUGCCAUUAUCUAUUUUAUUUACUCUGCAGUUCUAAAAAUCACCCUUGCAUACAAGUUUCUAGUUGCCAGUGAUGUUCUGAAAAUAUGAAAACAUUAAAAUAAAGCUUCAGUUCUGAUGCA